UGUGCCAUUCUGAUUUCUGUCAUCUGUGAGUAAAAAUUAAGUUGUGAACAGUAAUAAAAAAUAAUAUGCGCUUUAAUCAAAAUAAUUAAGUAAAAUGUCCGAUUUUACUAAUUUGUUUGAUUGUUUCGGUGAUAGCGAAUCCUCUAUUAAGGAUCUUAAGAUCAAGAGUGAUGAGGAAUCCUCAGUACCAGAAAAACCACCAGUGAGCACGAAACGCCCACAUGAAGAAGUACAAUAUGCAGAUACCUCAAAAAAAGUCAAACAUGAUGAGGAAGAUGUUGAGGAGAUCACUAGUGACAUGAACCUAGAUCUCCUAGCCUCGAGAAUAGUUAUACACACAUUAGAAACACAUGAAGGAUGUACACACGAAGUGGCAGUGCCGCCGAACCAUGAGUACCUACCUCUCUCACAACUCCCAGCAGAGCCUGCGAAACAGUACAGCUUUAUCUUGGAUCCAUUUCAAAAUGAAGCCAUAUUAUGUAUUAAUAACUUACAGUCGGUUUUAGUAUCAGCUCAUACAUCAGCUGGAAAGACUGUAGUUGCAGAAUAUGCAAUAGCUCUUUCAUUAAAGAACAAACAGAGAGUAAUAUAUACAACACCAAUAAAAGCUCUAUCAAAUCAGAAGUACAGGGAGUUUUCUGAGGAGUUUCAUGAUGUAGGUCUUAUCACUGGUGACGUUACAAUCAAUCCAUCUGCAUCAUGUCUAAUUAUGACUACAGAAAUUCUGCGAAAUAUGUUAUACCGAGGUUCUGAAAUAAUGAGAGAAGUUGGAUGGGUAGUGUUUGAUGAGAUCCAUUACAUGAGAGACAAGGAGAGAGGUGUUGUUUGGGAAGAAACGCUGAUCCUGUUGCCCGACAACGUGCACUACGUAUUUCUUUCCGCGACAAUACCCAAUGCGCGGCAAUUCGCCGAAUGGGUAUGUCGCUUGCACUCUCAGCCAUGCCACGUUGUUUACACGGAGUAUAGACCAACACCAUUGCAGCAUUACAUAUUCCCCGCGGGCGGCGAUGGCAUCCAUCUUGUAGUGGAUGAAACGGGUCAAUUCAAAGAAGACAACUUCAACACAGCAAUGGCAGUUUUAGGCAACGCGGGAGAAGCAAGCAAAGGUGACCAGAGAGGCCGCAAGGGAGGAAUGCGUGGAAACAACAACACCAAUAUAUUCAACAUCGUCAAGAUGAUAAUGGAAAGGAACUUCGCACCGGUCAUUAUAUUCAGCUUUAGCAAAAAGGACUGCGAGCUGUAUGCUAUGCAGAUGGCCAAAUUGGAUUUCAACACAAUUGAGGAAAAGAAGCUUGUUGAUGAAGUAUUCAAUAAUGCUAUGGACGUACUAUCGGAGGAAGAUCGUAAGCUACCGCAAGUCGAAAAUGUGAUUCCGCUGCUAAGACGCGGUAUUGGUAUACAUCAUGGUGGAUUACUGCCCAUAUUGAAGGAGACUAUUGAAAUAUUGUUCGGCUUGGGACUUAUCAAGGCACUUUUCGCCACGGAAACAUUUGCUAUGGGCCUUAACAUGCCUGCCAGGACUGUGGUCUUUACCAAUUGCCAGAAAUUCGACGGAAAGGACUUCCGAUUUAUAACCUCGGGGGAAUACAUCCAGAUGUCAGGACGCGCAGGUCGUCGUGGGCUGGACGACAAGGGUAUAGUUAUACUGAUGAUUGACCAGAAAGUGACCCCUGCCGUCGUUAAGGAUAUGGUACAGGGCAAGGCUGACCCUAUCAACUCUGCCUUCCAUCUCACAUAUAACAUGGUUUUAAAUUUAUUGAGAGUAGAAGAAAUUAAUCCGGAAUACAUGUUGGAAAGAAGUUUCUUCCAGUUCCAAAACCAAGCCGCCAUUCCAGAUCUGAUCGACAAGGUUAAAGCCAAGCAGAAGGAAUAUGCCGCGUUAACAAUAGAGCAUGAGCACUCGAUCGCGUCGUACUGCAACGUGCGUUCCGAGCUUGACCUGUUGGGCUCACAGUUCAGAUCCUUUAUCACGCGGCCGGAGUAUUUGAAGCCUUUCCUACAGCCAGGACGACUGGUCAAAGUUAAAACAGAAAAGUACGAGUAUGACUGGGGCAUAAUAGUAAACUUUAGGCAUAAAACCGGUAAAGACAAGAAAACGCAUAGAGAAAACCCACUCACGGCUGACACGGUCAUAAUCGUGGAUAUACUUCUUCACGUCAAAAAGUCCCAUUCUCAUGAUGCAGAUACAAACGUGCCUUGUCCGCCCGGAGAGACAGGUGAUGUAGAAGUAGUUCCAGUUCUCCACACUUUAAUAUACCAGAUAAGUUCACUCCGAGUGUACUACCCCAAGGAUCUGAGGCCGCCAGACAAUCGCAAAUCCGUGUUAAAAACGAUUAGUGAAGUAAAGAAACGCUUCCCAGAGGGACCCCCCUUGUUAAACCCUAUAAAGGACAUGAAAAUCGAAGAUAAUGUGUUCAAGGAGUGUGUCGAUAGGAUAAAAGUUUUAGAAGAGAAAUUAUACGCUCAUCCAUUACACAAAGACAAAAACCGUGGCGCUCUAACAGCAGCAUACGAUAAGAAACAGGAAAUAUUCGAAGAACUUUCGCUACUGAAGACUGAACUGAAGAAAGCAAAAAGCAUAUUACAGAUGGAAGAGUUGAAGAAAAGAAAACGUAUUUUAAGACGAUUAGGUUACUGUACUUUCUCGGAUGUUAUAGAAUUAAAAGGAAGGAUAGCCUGUGAAUUAAGUAGUGCGGAUGAAUUGUUGCUAACGGAGUUGAUCUUCAACGGCGUGUUUAACUCGUUGAGCUCGGAACAAAGUGCGGCGCUCGUCAGUUGCUUCGUUUGCGACGAGAAUUCCUCCCAGUCCUCUGCCACCGGAGACGAACUGAAAGGAGUCUUAAGGCAGCUGCAGGAAUACGCGCGCCGUAUCGCCAAAGUUUCGAUCGAAUCUAAAAUGGACUUAGACGAGGACGAGUACGUGGGCAAGUUUAAAUGCACACUCAUGGAUGUAGUGUUAUCAUGGGCCAAGGGAGCAUCCUUUCUGCAAAUUUGCAAAAUGACUGACGUGUUUGAAGGUUCCAUAAUCCGAUGCAUGCGUCGCUUGGAAGAAGUAUUGAGGCAGUUAUGUCAAGCUUCGAAGAAUAUAGGAAAUACUGACCUAGAAAAUAAAUUUAGCGACGCCAUCAAGAUGUUAAAACGCGAUAUUGUGUUUGCCGCCAGCUUGUACAUGUAAUCUAAUGUUAUCAAGUAAAUUUAAAACUUGUAUCGUUCUUUUAA